AUGGGUUUAGAGCUGACCGUCGACAUGUACACACACGUUUCCUCAGUGUUGGUGCGGCCUCUCUUUCUCUAGUCUAGUUUGUCUUUCCUUCUACUCAGUUUUGGACUACAUUUUUCCCACAUUCAGUCAUUUUCUCUCUUCUCUCAUACCACAUCCUUUUUUUACUACCUCUCUUUUAUGAAAUAUCUCUCUCUCUGUCCCUCUCUCUCUCUGGCUCACUUUCCCUGCCCCUCUCUCUCACUCUCUCGCACUCUCUCUCAGUGUGACCUCACUCAGACCUGCAGCCAUGCCUUCAGAACUGGAACGUGCCAUGGAGUCCAUGAUCACCGUGUUCCACAAGUACGCUGCUAAGGAGGGCAGUGGCAACACUUUGAGCCGCCGCGAGCUCAAGGACCUGAUGGAGAACGAGCUCUCUGGCUUCCUCAAGGUGGCUAUCUCUACUACUAUCUCUACGAAGGGUGCGUCCCAAAUGGUACCCUAUUCCCUAUAUAGUGCACUACCCUAUGGGCCCUGCUCAAAAGUAGUGCACUAUAUAGGGAAUAGGGUGCCAUUUGGGACGCACAGUAUAUUAUCUCUAUUACUAUAUACUACUAGCUGUAGUAGAACUCCAUGUUUGUUUGAUACAGAAAACAUGCACGCUUUAUGAUUAGGAACAGGAGUUUUUCCUCAUCACGUGACGUAACCAUGAAAAACUCAGGGCCCUAGUCAUAAGGUUUGACUAGGGCCCAGAGUUUUCCCUGGUUAAGUGGUCAGCAAAACAACUUGGCCCUACUUGUCAUGUACCUGCCCAAUAAAGAGUAGCGACUUUCACUGUUGUCCCGUAUUAAUGUUAGUGAAAUUACAGUAUUAAUAUUUAGUAUUAUUAAAAUGUCCCUGUCUUCCUUGUGUUUCCCUUUCAGUCUCAGAAGGACCCAACCACAGUAGACAAGAUAAUGAAGGAUCUGGACUCUAACGGUGAUGGAGAGGUGGACUUUGAGGAGUUUGUUUCUCUAGUUGUGGGCCUGUCCAUCGCCUGUGAGCAGUGCUACCAGAUGCACAAGAAGAAGAUGGGGAAGUGAGGGAUGAAAAGAGGAGAGGGGGAAGGGGUGCAGAGUAGAGAAGGGUUCUAAUUUUCACUUUUGUAAUUGUCACACUGUCCAUUAAACACAAAGACCAAGGAGGAGUUGUCAUU